ACGCAAACCGCUUGUAAAAAUGCGAAACUAAUCCAAGGUUGCGAUUGCUAGCUCCGAGUAUAUUAUUUUAUGGAAAUUAGGUCGACAGGAGAAUCAAAGUGUUCAGAAUGUGUGUGUUUAGUGCCAUGUUGUGAUCACCAGAUUUCACAGGAGUGUCGGGCGAGCUUAUAGGAAGAUUUGCUCUGCUUUUGUCGCACUGACAAUCAUGUCAUUGUCAAAAAUGCGGCGAAGUAGUCGCUUAAAAAUCUGUCGGACCCCAUUGUUCAAUUUGUGUGUCUGUGUAUUCAUUUUGCAAACCAUUGAUAUAUAUGGAUGUAGUGGCAUUCAAGUUCGCAAGAGGGAUACAAAUACACAUGAGGAAGAAGAAAGCCUAGAUGAUUUCUUUGCAAGUGAUGGAUAUCUCACCAAUCCAGAGCAGGAAAAAGUUGCCCCAUUUGGUGGGAUUCAAGUUGAAAACGAAGCUAAGAAAUUGGCUGCAAGGCUUAGACUUAUAAGUAAUGAGGAAAUUGGUGUCACAAAAAUGCAGCUUAUAUAUGACCAGCUUCCAUACAAUAAUGAGAAAGCGGAUUAUAAAACAACAUUAAAAGAUAUGACAGAGCGUGUGAAGCAGAGGUUCCGUGACUACCUCCAGAUUGUGAAGACCAACAAGGUGAUAGUGCAGAACCUGUAUAAGCUGCACAUCAAGCAGCCCAUCUACAAGCAGCUUGACUGCUGCCAGCUCAAUGCCUCUGAUCUCUCCUAUGACAGUGAGUACAAAUGUCCGGUUACCAAGACUACCAGCUGUGACCUGCUACCGUACUCACUACCAGGCGGGUCCUUCAAUCCAGGACGCAAUCUCACGGAUGUGUGGAAGAGCAACGUGAAGUUCAUCCCAAGUCUGAAGUGGCAGUACUACAUGUCCACAGACGGCAUCCACAAUGAGUACCCUGGCAGUAACUUCCACUGGACCAACUGUCCCAGCAUGCAUAAUGUCAGACACAGGGAUGUGUACGUGUCCACGAUGCAGCCCCAGUCGAAGCACAUUGUGAUCCUCAUGGACCAUGGUAACUCACUGAGCCCCACGCAGAUGGCUAUGGCACGUAGCAUAGCAACCAGCCUCAUUGCCUCCUUCACAGAGAAUGAUCGGGUGGCAGUUUUGGGACUGGCUGCUGAUGUUACAUUUCCACGGGACGAUACCUGUGUUAAGAACAGCCUGGUCCCUAUGACUUAUGAAACCAAGUUCUACUUCACACGAUUUGUUGAGAAUCUCCAGAAACAAGAAGCAUCAACAAAUCAUUCCCUGGGGUUUCAGCAAGCAUUCAAAAUGAUAGCUACCUCCCUGCAGCAGUAUAACAAAGAGGAAGGCAUGAUCAUCUAUGUGAGCCGUGGGCUGCUCUCCUCUCUCACAGAGGCCAAGGACGUGAUGUCCACCAUCGCCUACUUCAACGGGCGCAUGGACAACCGUAUCAUCAUCAACACAUACGCCGUCAUUGACAAUAAUAAGCCUAUCAUGUAUGAGAAGAGUUUCCUACAAGAUAUUGCUGACCAGAACUACACCAAGUACAAGGUCGUAUCCCGUAGCAACUCCCCAAUCAGGCCUGGUCAGAUGGUUGCCGUUAACAACACUCAGGACCUGGGUAUGGCAGUGGGUCAAUUUUACAAGCCGUUCAACAGGACCACAACAGAGGAUGCCAUGUUUUCUCUUCCCUACAUUGAUAAUGCAGAUGGAGGCCUGGUGAUGAGUAUCAGCAUGGCGUGCCUGCACAACAAGGAGCCUAUCGGGGUGUCAGGGGUGGAUCUGCACAUGGAGGACCUGGUCCAGGACAUCACCUACUUCAACCAGGCAGACAGCUCAUACGCCUUCAUGAUCACGGACACAGGAUACACGAUCAUGCACCCUACGUUUAUGCGGCCCAUCAAGACAAGCAUGCAGCCGAUGCACACUGACAUCUGGCACUUUGAGAAUGUGCCUGGCUUUGAGAAGGUGCGCAGUAACAUGCUGCGGCAUCCUGACGGUGAGAUGAACAUGACAGUGCGCCAGUUCUACAACCAGUCUGGGGUGGUCACCUCACAGGACGUCUUCUAUGCAAAGUAUAUCUGGAAGAAGGUUGAGGACACUCCGUUCAUCAUUUCGAUCAAGAUACUUCAGAAGUUUGAUGAAGUCAAGCAUCUGGACAACCAUGCUGGUCUGCCAGACCUGGUCUACCACCGCAUAGACAUCGUGCCUGCCAACAACAUGUGUAUGCACCUCAAGCAACUCGCUACCACAGCCUCCAGUACAGUGUUCCUGUCAGCAAACAGCUUUGUACAGCCCUUUGAGCACCUGAACAGCGGCAUGAACAGGCGCAUGGUUCAGAGCUAUGUGGCAUACCUCACUGACGAUACCAGGCUCAUCAGCAACCCUGGAUUCAAGGAUUCGGUUAGAAAUGAUGUGGCAGCCACUGCUGGUAUUGACAGUGUUUGGCUGAACCGGUUCAGUGCUGGAGAGAUGCGCAACUAUGUCGUCAGGCGGUUUGUGACCACCCCCAGUGGUGUGUUCCGAUCUUUUCCUGGAGCCUUGUUUCAUGAAACCUAUGACCCAACUAAACAGCCUUGGUAUGAGAGAGCUAUGAAGUACCCGGGCCAGGUGACCCUGACCGCCCCCUACCUGGACGUAGGAGGGGCCGGGUACAUCGUCACCAUUAGUCACACCAUAUAUGAGGGACAUCCACAGUCCCUGCACAGCACUGCAGACAAGAUCAUAGCUGUGAUGGGAAUGGAUGUCACACUGGGCUACCUCUACAAGAUGCUUCUAGACCACAUCGGAGUGUGCCACGUGGCGGGGGUGCGGUGUUUCCUCAUCAACGAUGACGGCUACAUGGUGGCACACCCCUCCCUCAUAGAGCCUGAUGGGCGCGGGCCUGUGGAAGACCUGCAUGUCACACACAAGGAACCGUUGGUGGCCAAUGACAUCCUCAACCACCGCCACUUUGUGCACAAGCAGCUGUGUAACCGCUACAAUGACAGGACCAUUCAGAGAUUCUACACGUUCAACACCAGUCUGGAUGGAGUGCUUACCAAUCUUGUGCAUGGAGAGCACUGCGCCAGGUACCAGAUUGUGGCCGUGCCUGGAACCAACCUGUUCCUGGGCAUGAUCAACCAGACCUGUGACAUCGCCACCGCCUUCUGUCCGUGCAGCAUGGUUGACCGAUUGUGUUUGAACUGUAACCGGAUGGGUCAGGCUGAGUGUGAGUGUCCCUGUGAGUGUCAUCUGGCCAUGGACUUCUGUAAUGGGGACCUGCUCAAAACGGACGACAUGAACCCCAGCUGCCCGCGGUACCCUGAAAAAGAUGAGAUACCUGCCCUGUCAGAGGAUGUUACUGCCGGACUUGGCCAGUGUAUCACCAUCAACUGUGACUCCAAAACUAACCAGAUGGAUUGUGUGGGUGUACUUGGCUGUGAGUGGUGCCAGGCUAAGUUUGAAGAUGCCUACACCUCAGAUGGCUCUGAAUUGCGCAAUCCCCUGCCACGCCCCUUCUGUGCCAGCCAGGCCACAUGCUUUGGAGGUAUUGUGGGUGCCGCCACGCCUUAUGGGGACAGAGUUGUGUUUGCUGAGGAGAUGGAUGAGUCCCUGGAAACCAAGAGUGCCCCUGUGGGUCCUGUGGCAGGUGGCAUUAUGGGAUGCUUCCUGAUGCUUGCGCUUGGCAUCUACUGCUACCGACACCGUGUGCACCGCAACCAGCUACAGUACAUCUCCACUAUCCCGGAGAACCAGAACAGGCACUCACAGUUCUAUGAGACUGAGGACCUGGAUCUCCCAGACGAGAAUGGAGAUGGUCAUACCAACUUUGUUCUGGCAACAUUUGAGAACCCCGCCAGUAUAUCACCUUACCGUGUGAACACCUCCUACCGGCGCCCGGCGGGUGGUGACAGUGACCAUGGUUACAGCACCAUGACUCCACAUGACGACAGCGAGCAUGCAAGCCUGCCCUGUCUGGAGCCCCUCAUUGUUGGCAAGGACAGAUACAAGCCCGGGGUGCACACGCCUUCCAAGAUGCCCACUAUUCCCCCGCCCCCGAGUGUUGCCAGUAGGCGGAGUCGCAGCCCGACUCCGCCCCAAACCAGACUGUCAGUGUAUCAGCCAAUCAUAGAGCAGACUGACCCUUCCCAGACUGUAAUAGACACGCCUCCCCAGGCACCCCAUUGCUUUCAAGCCAAUGUUCAAGUGCACAUGGUAGACUCUCACUGAGGGUAAUGGGGAAGUGGGCAGUACUGAAGAACAUGUGAUGUCAGUGUACAUAGCUUUGCUUUAUAAUGCAAUAUUUUACAUGGUUAUGUAAAGGUGGUUGUGUGCUGGACAGGAGACCAGGGUCUGAUAUUUGUCUUUGUUUAUGUCUUAAUGUUUUGUUAUUGAAUGAAAGUUGCGGCACAUCCGUGAUUCAGGAUAAUUCUGCACUUUUCAAGAUGACAACAAGAGAAGCUAACAUUCUGUUUCAAGCUUUAAAAAAAUCCUUUCUGUUCAAUUUGCUAGUUGUACAUUAGAAACCAACAUCAGGAUAGUGUUGGAAUAGCUUUCAAGGAAGCCUCUAGAAAUUUGCAAAGAUUUUAAGUUUAUUUACUGAGGUCUGAAUGUGACUGCAGUUCAAGAUAUUUGUUUUUGUUAUGUGAUAAGUUGUGAGGUGAUGUGCAGUGGAUAUUUUUGUUUUGUUCAGGGAACGUUUAAACACAUUCUGGACAUUGAGUUAUUGUAUGUAUUUGUUUAAUGAUACGGUGUUGGCAAUAUUCUGGCAUUUUAUUAUCUCUUUGAAGGGUACGCUUUGUUUGAUUACUUGUAGUAUUUUUAAUGAAUGCUUUUAUAAUUCAGUUUGUGUUUGCGCUGGGCUCUUGGAAAACAGGGUUCAUUGCAUAUUAAUAAAGUAUUGUACCCGAUACGCCUCUGCAGUCCUCACAGGCUAAUCAGGGACCACACUUCUGCUUUUAUGGAAUUUUUCAUUUAAAGGAAAUCUCUUGUAAAUGAAAUCCAUUCUAGGAAGAAAGUGUUGUCCCAGUUUAACAUGUGCUGACUACAAAUCUGGAACAAAAUUGUACUCAUAUGCAUUAAGCUGUGUUUUCCAGACCCGCUCAUAUAUGUUUGUGUUAUUGGUGUGUAUCGCACAAAUCUGAAAAUCUUGAUUUUUUUUUCAAUGCAACCAAACACAUUGAAUAUAAAAUUAAACAAUGAUUUUUUGACAAAAAUUAUGACAUGUUGCAAUUGUUUAUUAUUAUGAAUGUCAACUAAACUCAGGAAUGCUAAAGUUAAGUACCAAAACAUUUCAUUUUGUACUUUUGCAUGAUCAUUAAGUUAUUAUCAUUUAGAUAUUAAAAUUUUGUCACACAAAAUAUACAUUAUAUUUUUUUGUUAAGCUGAAACACAACUUUGACAAUAUAAGGCUUCAAUAACUAUUUUUACUGAAUCAAGUAAUACUUCAGUUAUAUUUAUUUCAGAUUUAAAAAAAGAUUUGCUUACAUUCAAGAGUUCAGCAUGAAACGUUCUAUCAGAAAUGUAGAAUCUUAGAAUUUCAACCUUGAAAUGAGCUGCUUGUUUGAGAAAAUUGAGUUGGUAUUUUUUAUUUUUGAGACUUGAACUUUUUUUUAAAGAAGCCCAGGUUUUUUAUAGAUCAUUUAUGCAUCAAAGACUAUGACAAGAUAUUAGUUUCGCCUUCGGUUUUUACAACCUGAUUACCUCAUUUAUGAUGUUGUUGUUGUCUCUUUGAUUUGUUGUUUGAGUACAGUAUGUCUGAUUGUGGUGUUAAGAAUAUCCUGCACUUAAACCAGGUUUUUGAUUUUGUUUGUGAAUGAAGAUUUGUUCAUGUUUUGUCUCACUUAAACAAAUAUGUGAAAAUUCAUUUCAAGGCUAUGUAUCCUUAUUAAAGGCUGUAUGGUGACGUAUAAUCUAUAAAUGUGUUAUGUUUGCCCGAUGUUUUAUAUUUACUUUGGACAUAAGCAAUGUUUUGAAGUUUUAUAAUAAUGCAUAUUAUAUGAAGAUUUUUUGCUGGCUUUUUCAGUGAAUAAUCUUGAUGUAUAGAUAAGUAAGACUGGUAAAGUUUUUAGUUGUUGGGGUGUGGGUUAAAAUGUAAUGUUACAGUUAACAUACGUUUCAUAUUUUUAUGUUAAAAUCUUAGUCAAUCUUUAUGAACUUAACACAAAUGAUUCUCCAACUUCUUCUAUCAAAACAUUGUGCAUUUCAUCUACUAGAUGCGAAAAACUGCAUGAAGUUUUAAAUAUUUGAUUGAAAAAAAUAAUAAUGGCCAACAGGUGGCCCUGUUAAAAUUUAUUUUUUGCAUGUAAUUUAGAUAUUCAACAAUUGAUAAAAAUAAACAUAUAAGUCAGAAAUGUUAUGCUAUCUCUCUGGUCCAAAACUUGAAUUAUUUUAUUUUGGCAAAUAAUGUGCAUUAUUUCAUCAAACUACAUACAUUUAACAAUUUGGACCCUCAAGUUGAAACUUCUUUUCUUCAUCUACCAUCUCUAAUAUAUGUUCUUUAUUUGAAAAAUAAAAAAAAUCUAACUUAUAUACAGUUUUAACAUUUAAUGUGUGUAUACAAAAGUUGACAGCCUUGUUAAUGUAAGUUGAUUUAUUUACAGUAUUUUGAUGCCAGUAUGAACAAAAUGGAUGCUUUUAGAAUUAUUAUGCUCUUCUUUCUGUGGGAAGGGUUUUUUAAUAGAUUUAAUUGAUUUGACAUAGAAAGACAUCUAUUUACAUGUAGUAUCUUUAGUGAAUUGCAAGAUAAGGUUUGUUGUCCCCUACCGGUAAAACCGGAUGGGACUUAUGGUUUGCGUUCCGUGUGUCAGUCUGUCCGUCACACUUUUCUGGAUCCUGCGAUAACUUAAAAAGUUCUUCAUAUUUUUUCAUGAAACAUGAAACAUGGACAGAUGGCAAUAUGGAGAUUAUGCACGUCAAUUCAUUUUGUUCCUACGUCAAAAAUUGUGGUUGCUAUGGCAACAAAUAAAAAAAAAAAAAAUUUUUUUUACUGAAAAUGGUGGAGUUUCACCGGUAGGGGACCAUAUUUCUUGGCAAUCUCCUAUUUUGAAUAAAAUAACCUAGAAGCCUAAUACAUAUGAGUAGCGCUGUAAGAAAACGAGGCUUAAUCCAUGUGGGUAAAGUAUAAUCCAAGAUUCUGCUGUGCUGUCGGCACAAGCUUAUAUGUUACGACACUUUAGACGGUAUUUUUGUUUAGGAAAGUUAUUCUUUAAGGAAAAAAUUGCAUGAAAGCAGAAAGUGUUGUCACUGAUUAGCGGACAGCAGAAAGUGUUGUCACUGAUUAGCGAACAGUACAGGCUAAUCUGGAAUUAUAUUUUGCACACAUGUAUCAAGCCCAUUUUCCCCAGAGACUUGCUCAUAUAAAAUAUAAAUGUUGGUGCAUUACUGUAUAUACUGUACAUAUAUUAUGAAAAAAAUUAUGUAAAAGUUUCUACACUGUUUGAUCAAUUCAAUAGUUUAUAAAAGUGCAUGUUUAUGGAUGCUUAUAGAUGAUACAUGUAUUACUGUUUUCUCUGGAAUCUAUGUUGAACUUGACACCAAACCUUGAAAAAGUGCGCAGAUCUUUUUUAUUUUUUAAAUAUUGACAGAAACUUAUGAUUUCAAUCAGAUAAAUGAUGACUUUAUUUAUAAUUUAUCACAAAUUGUCAGAAACUGUGUCAUUUUCGGGAUCACCUUAAUCAUUUUUCUUCAGUUAAUUCAAAGAAUUCACAAUUACCACAAAUUGUCACGUAUAGAGCACAGUUUUUUACCUUCAAAUUAAAAUGUUUGUGUUUGUUAUACAUUUGUGCAACGCUAUCCUGGCUGCUAAAUUGCGAAAAAUUCAUCUCGUAAUUAAAAAUUUUAUAAUCUUCAUUUUUGAAUACAAAAAAUCAGGAUAUGCGCCAAACAUGGGGGCCCGCUAUACGUGACAACAAACGGUAUGUUUUUAACAAGCUUUUUAUCACAAUAAAUUGUGAUAAUUUAUGCACAAUUUUUUUCAAAAUUUAUAUUAAAAUUUUAGAUAUUAUGUACAAUAUUUAUAUUUUAAAGGUAUUUUGUUAUGAAAACAAUAGUUCUGCUAACAUGUUAUGAAAAAAUAGCUCAGCUAACACAAACAUCAGUGUAGGGACAUUUUCAUGAAAUGUUACUUUGUGUGGCUGAUCUACAUAAUUAUAUUUUGUUGUCUUAGUAUUUUUUCAGCAAAGCUGAGCCUUAUACAUAUAGUGCUAUAUUAUCUGCUUAUUUUCAUAGUCUAUGCAUUAUACAUAACUUAUCAUAACCCUAGCUAUAGUUGUGGUAGUAGUAAUAACAUAUUAGGUAUGUCUUUGUAUAUUAGUCAGUUGUAAGGCUAGGGAAAUAGUGUGUCUGUGCCAGUUGUUGCAAAGUUUAGUGUUCAUAAUGAUCACAUACUUUGAAUGCUUUUAAAGUUUCCACAAAGAUAAUUUUUGUACAUAAUUAAUUAUGUGAUGUAGUUAUACAUACCUGUACACUGAAUCUGUAACCUCCCUUACUUAUAUAAUUAUUUUAUUUAUGAAGUAUAUUAAUGCACUUUCUUUAUUAUUCUGUGAACAUUUGUCAUAUUUAAAUCUCUUAACAUAGGGAUUUGCUUACACAUUAUAUUUUAAUGUGUUAAUUGUUUAGCAAACUCAAUUGUAUAAAAAUAUUAAACUUUUAUAUGAUCUAUCAUCUUUUAUAUGUUUUUUUAUUUAUUUGCGUUUAUAUGUAAAUAAUGUAAAUACAGUGUCAUUUUAUCUUAAAUGAUUUUUAUAUGAAUAGUAAUGUCAUGUUUGUUUACAUAGCACAUUUUUAUGUGCAAACAUGUGAGCAGAUCUAAUGUUUGUAUCAUUCUGACGUCAUGUAUAAAACAAAGGGGGCAUAUCAAAAGUGUUUUAAAUCAAGUAAGACAUAAUAAUUUAUUGAAACAAGUGUGUUUUUUUUAGUUUUCUUGAGUAAAUUCUGUAUUACAUAAUCAGAUUAACAGAUAUAUGAAUGGAAUAGAAUGUAUAUCAACAGAUACAUAUUUACUCACUACAUCAUUAUUGAUCACUUUCCUAUUUGCUUCACAUGCUGUAAUAUUCAUUCUCUUGACAUAUGAAGAAGUUUAUAUUAAGAUUUCUGGUUGCAAUUGUUGAAAUAAUGUUGAUAUGUCUCCUUAUAAAUUGUGUCAACUUGAUGUUAAAAAUAAAGUUCAAGAUUUCUUGGACUAGGUGAAUAACUAUUUAAAAAAACAUAUAAAAACUCUCAUGGAAAAAGUAAUAGUUAAAAUAAGUUAGUUGGAAAGGUAAGAAAUAGUACAUAAAACAUAAUUAUAAUACAAAUCAUGUUGACUGGUUUAAAUAAAGUGAAAAAACUUGA